CACAGUCACAAAGACAACAGUUCAGCAGACACAGCGCAAGCUCAACAAUUGGAUAACCCCUCAACUCAAGCAAGGAAUCUCCCAGAAUGAAGUUCUUCGUGUGCAUCUUGGCUUUGGUGGGCGUGGCUCAGGCUGGACUCCUGCCCCAUCUGGAUAGCCACCAUGGCUACCACCAUGAGGAGCUGCCCCAUCUCUUGGACGCCGAGAUCCACCACUCGGAUGGUAUCCAUUUGGGGCACAGUGCCGCGCUGGUGCACGAUGACCACCACCUGAACCACCACCUGGAUCACCACUUGGACCACCACUUGGUGGAGACGUUGCCAACCACUGUCUACCACCACGAGCCUCUGCACUACCACUACGCCCGUCUCACCUCUCCGGUGGUGCACCACCACCACCACGACACCCAUGCCGCCGUAGUGCACCACAAUGUGGUGCCAGCUCACUUCGAUUCGCACACCCACUCGAACCUGCUGUCCUUCGCCAAACACGCCCUCCACGGAAAAUACGGCAAGGUCAGGAUCACCGAGACCCAUUAUUGAGAGAUUCCAACCACCCAUCCAUUGUCCAUUAAAACCUCUGACUAGCCAAACGCUUAUUGUUAAUUUAUUAAGCACAUAGUUUAGUUUACGAAAAAUAACUCGAAUAAACGGGAGACUUAUGAAAAAAUAAA